AUGGGCAGUGUAGUAAGUAAUAUUCUUAGUGCUUUUACUAAGAAGACGCCUAAAAAGGUUUUGAUGCUGGGGCUGGAUAACGCAGGAAAGACGACCAUUUUAUAUCUUUUGCAUCUUAAAGUGGUUGAAGGCUCUGAUCCAACAACUGUCCCAACAGUUGGUUUCAAUGUUGAAACCAUAAAGAUAGGGAGUGUGGGAAUUACUGUAUGGGACAUUGGAGGCCAGCAUAAAAUAAGGUCUUUGUGGGAGUUUUACACCGAUGGGCUGUCCGGAAUGGUAUAUGUUAUUGACAUACAGGACUCAGAUAGAUGGGGAUCUGCAGUUUCCGAGCUAGAGAGGAUGCUGUCAAACGGAGGAAAGCCCAGUAGAUAUCCUGUUUUAGUAAUUGCCAAUAAGAUAGAUAAAAUACCAGACUCUGAGGUGGACGAGGUAAACAAAAAUCUGUACGACAAGCUAAAUCCCAAGGUCUUAUUUGCAGGAAGGCCGUGGAUGAUUAUAACAUGCUCUGCCAUUACAAAGGACAUAAACAUAAUAACGGACGGAUUUUUAUGGUUGGCUGACAAUUUACUGGAGAAUCAAGAUAAGAAGAGCGAAAGUAGAAUAUAA